CAGUUUCCCACGCAAUAUCAUUGCAGUUAGCGCUAUGCCAGGAGUUACAGCGCCGUCUAAAGUACUCGUCACGGGAGCCAGCGGUUUCUUAGCUAGCUGGAUCGUCAAGACGCUCCUUGAUCGCGGCUACCGCGUCGUGGGCACGGUUCAAUCUUCACUUGAUGGGGACUACCUUAAAAGCUUGUUUGGCGAUGAGUUCAACUACGCUGUGGUUCCUGACAUAGGUUUUCCCAAUGCAUGCGAUGAAGUGGUCAAGGAAGCGAAUCCGGACGCAAUUAUCCACACUGCAUCUCCCUGUGUUCUGAAUACUGAGGACCCCCAGUGGCUCAUCGAUACGGCUGUGAAGGGGACAUUGGGACUUUUAGAAAGCGCAAAACUAUUUGGUGCAAAUGUCCAGAGGGUCGUCAUUACCUCUUCAAUCUCUGCGGCCACGGAACCAAAACAGACCUCUGUGUACAAUUUCACGGAGAGCGACUGGAACACGUACUCGCCAAAGAUAGUUGAUGAACAAAGGAAUAAUGCCCCAGGAGUUCAUAAGUAUCGAGCUAGCAAAGCUCUCGCCGAGCGUGCGGCGUGGAAAUUUGUUCAAGACAAUGAACUUUCCUGGGAUUUAACGACCCUCUUGCCCAGCAUGGUAUUUGGGCCUGUUAUUCAUAAAGUGAAAGACCUUGCAUCUCUGAAUGCGUCAUUGGCUGCGUUCCUGGACCAAAUUCUUCACCCGGGAAAAUCUCCUGCCCUUUCGACUAGUUUUGUAGACGUCCGCGAUGUUGGCGAGGCGCAUUUCCUCGCUCUCUCCCACCCAGAAGCUGGUGGGCAGCGAUUUAUCGCGUCUGCUCGGGAGUUUUACUGGCAAGAAAUUACUAAUGUUCUUCAAGGGGAAAACAUCAAUGUCCCUAGUUUCAACGAACGCGAAGAUACGAGCAUCUCCCAAUCACUGACAAUAGAUAGUUCCAAAGCGCAGCGCGUUCUGGGACUGAAGUUUCGUUCAUUAGAGGAGGCUGCCAUCGAUGCAUACAAGAGUCUCAAGGAACGCUUUCCCAGUGAUAUACCUUGAAUCACAAUGGGGGUUGGGAUGUGUGACAGAACAAAUAGGAUGUCCACUAGUGGCAUUUUGGGAUGGAUUCCUUACAGAAG